AUCGAUGAGCCCAGAAUUGUUCUGCCUACCUGUGGGAAGUGCUUUGGGGUUGGAUGCCUGGAUAGCCAUCUGUUGGCCCCGAGAAAGGUAUUAUCAGAGACUCUUUUCAUACUUUAUAUCGAGAACUGGUGCGUCCUGGGUGCCAUGAACAGUCAUCCCAUGGGACCACAGGGCGAUUUGGGUUCAACCGAGCCUUGUCCGAGACAACGAACGCUAUGAUCAUCUGCCUAGAUAAGGUCUGUUUAAGUUCGGAGGCUAAGCUAUAUUUGACCGAAGCUUGGUCUCCAGUUUAUGUUAAAUAAGCUUACCACAGUUGGGGCAGGCAGCCAUAUUUCCAAGGGUCUCCUCUUUGUGUGCAUAUUCGUACUUCCGGUUAUGACUCCUCGGUUUGACUUUGUUUAUGAAUAUUAGGAAGAAUACAUCGGUCUCUUAAUGGUUACUCCUUGAUCAUAUACGCAAAAUGCCGGCUACAGGAAGACCAAAUACCGACUACGAGCGUUGGCUUCAGCAUCACAAUCCAGACGCCGAAUUUCAACCGAGCCCACAAUACGGUCCUCAUCAUGGCAGUCGGUCUGGGAAAUAUCCCCCUUUUCACACGCCAAAGACGGACAGGCCUCGCAUUCCCCUCGCCGAACCUCAAAUCCGGUUUUCGCCUACAGAGAAGGAGCUUGGGUCUUCUCCCAGGGAGGGUUCAAGCUCGAUGACUGUUAUCUUGUUAUUCGUUUUUGUUAUUCUGGUUGCUGUUGCAUAUGCUCGAUCGCAACUUGCGCACUCCUCACACAGCCACCAGACUCGGAGAAGAGGGGAAAAGAUUUGAUGACUGGCCAUGACAGUCAUAAGUCUGGCAAUGUCUUCUUGCUCAUUGAAGAGUUCCCAAAGUUACUGCAGCGGUUGGACGAGAGAUGCCUGGACAGAUACGGUUCAAGAGCUUCCAAUGCCCCCAAACUGUGCUGUUCGAUCAGUAGCACUUGAAUUUAGAAUCAAGGGAUAUAAUGCUACUUCGAAACGGACAACUCAAUGCUUUAUGCUGGUUCAUAGGCUGUUAUGGUACGCUUCCUGUGACACAGGACACCAAUCUAUCGCUAGUUCCAAAUAAUAAAUAUCGAUUGUUAGAUUACCAUAGCAUAUUGUCCCCUUAUUUUCUCCCAAGUAACCCCUUAUCAUAACUCUCCUACAGAUGUAUUGGCGCCACUAGGCCAUUUGGCACGGGACAUCCGGU